GUCCGGACCCUCCCCGGUUUAGCUCACUCAUCGGCGGUGUGUAUGGGGAGAGCGAUCGCUCUCUGUGGUCGCUCGGGGAGGAUAGUGUCAUUCCUUUCCGCGGUACCUUGUUUGUCCGGCUGCACACCCCAACCCGCGGCGGAGCGGAGGAUGAGCGACCAGGGGAAGAGCUCGGUUUCCACUCUUGCGGGUGCCCCAGCCCCGGGAUCGGAUACUUACAAAGGCUGGCUUUUUAAAUGGACUAACUAUUUGAAAGGGUAUCAACGCCGAUGGUUCGUCCUCAGUAAUGGCCUUCUGUCGUAUUACAGGACUCAGGCAGAGAUGGCCCAUACGUGUCGCGGCACCAUCAACCUCGCCACGGCCCACAUCGACACGGAGGACGCCUGUAACAUCGUCCUGAGCAGCGGUGGGCGCACCUACCACCUGAAGGCCAGCACAGAGGUGGAACGUCAGAGAUGGGUCACAGCGCUGGAGCUGGCCAAGGCCAAAGCCAUCCGCAUGAUGAAUGACCAGUCUGAUGACUCGGGGGACGAGGAGCCCACGACCCAGUCGGACCGCAGUGAGGGGAUCCAGGGCACUCUGAAGACCCUGAUCAGCAAGCUUGAUGACCUCAGUACGUGUAACGACCUAAUCGCCAAGCAUGGGGCGGCCCUGCAGCGCUCUCUGAGUGAACUUGAGGCGCUGAGAGUCCCCGUGGAGGGAGGAGAGAAGAUCAAGGGCGUCAAUGAACGCGCCACCCUCUUCCGCAUCACCUCGAAUGCUAUGAUCAAUGCGUGUCGCGACUUCCUGGACCUAGCGGAGACCCACAGCAGGAGAUGGCAGCGGGCGCUGCAGUAUGAGAGAGAGCAGCGUAUUCACCUGGAGGAGACCAUAGAGCAGCUAGCCAAGCAACACAACAGUCUGGAGAGAGCCUGGAGAGAGGCCCCCACACUAUCCGCCAACACACCCAGCUCCCCCACCACCAAGAAGGGAGGGAGUGAGAGGCCUCAGAAAGGGGAGGCGAGUGAUGAAGAUGAGGAUACGGAAUACUUUGACGCCAUGGAGGACUCCCCUGCCUUUAUCACAGUAACAGCCACUGAGAACACACAGCACAGGUGUUCUCAGAGUAACCUGUGUGGAGCGAGUGGAGGCCAUACCAAUGAUUGGAACCAGGACAAUGUGUCUCCUAGCUGUAAGGAUUCCGGGAAGGAGCUUCAGCCCCUCAGAAGGAGGCGGAGCCACAUCCCAGACAAGCCCAACUACUCCCUCAACCUGUGGAGCAUCAUGAAGAACUGUAUCGGCAAGGAGCUCUCCAAGAUCCCCAUGCCUGUGAACUUCAACGAGCCUCUGUCCAUGCUGCAGCGGCUGACAGAGGACCUGGAGUACCAUGAGCUGCUGGACAAGGCGGCGCGCUGCGAGAGCUCCCUGGAGCAGCUGUGUCUGGUGGCAGCCUUCUCUGUGUCCUCCUACUCCACCACCGUCCACCGCACGGCCAAGCCCUUCAACCCCCUGCUGGGGGAGACCUACGAGCUGGACCGCCUGGACGACUUGGGCUACCGCUCGCUGUGUGAGCAGGUGAGCCAUCACCCCCCAGCAGCAGCUCACCAUGUGAUUUCUCAGCGAGGCUGGACCCUCUGGCAGCAAAUCACCAUAUCCAGCAAGUUCCGUGGCAAAUACCUCUCCAUAAUGCCUCUGGGUGCCAUUCACCUGCAGUUCCACUCCAGUGAGAACCACUAUGUGUGGAGGAAGGUAAUCUCCACCGUGCACAACAUCAUCGUGGGCAAGCUGUGGAUUGACCAGUCGGGGGACAUUGAGAUAGUCAACCACAGGACCAAGGAGACGUGCCAGCUCAAGUUCUCCCCUUACAGCUAUUUCUCCAGGGAUGUCCCACGCAAGGUGACAGGGGUGGUGUCAGACAGUGGAGGGCAGGCCCACUAUAUCCUGUCUGGCACGUGGGACGAUAAGAUCGAGAGCUCCAAGAUCGUCCAGAGCAGCAAAGGGGGCAGUGGCUCCGAGGGCAAGCAGAAGACUGUCUACCAGACCCUGUCCCCCAAACUACUGUGGAAGAAAUACCCUCUCCCGGAUAACGCUGAGAACAUGUACUUCUUCUCCUCGCUGGCGCUGACGCUGAAUGAGCCGGAGGAUGGGGUGGGGCUGACGGACAGCCGGCUGAGACCGGACCAGAGGCUGAUGGAAGCGGGGAGAUGGGACGAGGCCAACUCUGAGAAACAGAGAUUAGAGGAGAAACAGAGAGCUGUGAGGAGGAGGAGAGAGGCAGAGGCCACAGAUGCACUGGACAACGGUCGAGAGUAUGAGGGCUUCCAGCCACAGUGGUUCCACAAGAGGAAGAACGCCAUCACUGGGGAGACAACCUUUGUGUACAAGGGUGGAUACUGGGAGGCUAAGGACAGUCAGGACUGGAGUACGUGCUCUGAAAUCUUCUAAGCCUAGACCAGACCCAUCCUACCCCAUCACUGGACCCACCCAGGCCCAGGAGACUGCUCCACCACUGGCCCUGGAGGAAUGGGGGUCUGGAUGUGGACCUCUGUGUGCAUGAGAAUGUGAAUGUCUCACACACUCACAACACAGUGUACCUCCCCAUGUACACACAGAGGUCAUAUUUUUUACAGAGUCAAGGGAGAGAAGGGACCUUUUCUAGAUCCUACCCUGACCUAACACUGAGCUGUGUGGGGGUGUGUGAGAGAGAUGGGAGAUUGAAUACCAUAGAAAAGGGGCCCCAUAGAGACUUCCAAAAGAAUCAGGUGCUCCACACACGCUACCCACAAUGCACCUUUCCUCUGCUCAGCACAUCUGUUUCUAGGGGUUUUAGUGAUUGAACAGCAACCCAUCUAAAUCAGUUCUCCUCUCCUCCACUUGUAUACUGGGAUGAGAUGAAGUCCAUCCUGUCUAACGGACAGAUGGACGGACAGACAGAGAGACAAAAAUAAUGCUUCAUAUAUAUAUACACACACAAACUACCAGUCAAAAGUUUGGACACACCUACUCAAUCAAGGGUUUUUCUUUAUUUUUGACUAUUUUCUACAUUGUAAAAUAAUAGUGAAGACAUCAAAACAAUGAAAUAACACACAUGGAAUCAUGUAGUAACCAAAAAAGGGUUAAACAAAUCCAAAUAUAUUUGAGAUUCUUCAAAGUAGCCUUUGCCUUGAUGACAGCUUUGUACACUCUUGGCAUUCUCUCAAACAGCUUCACCUGGAAUGCUUUUCCAACAGUCUUGAAGGAGUUCCCACAUGCUGAGCAUUUGUUGGCUGCUUUUCCUUCACUCUGCGGUCCAACUCAUCUCAAACCAUCUCAAUUGGGUUGAGGUCGGGUGAUUGUGGAGGCCAGGUCAUCUGAUGCAGCACUCCAUAACUCUCCUUGGUCAAAUAGCCCUUACACAGCCUGGAGGUGUGUUUUGGGUCAUUGUCCUUUUGAAAAGGAAAUGAUAGUCCCACUAAGCGCAAACCAGAUGGGAUGGCGUAUCGCUGCAGAAAGCUGUGGUUGCCGUGCUGGUUAAGUGUGCCUUGAAUUCUAAAUAAAUGACAGUGUCACCAGCAAAUCACCCCCACGCCAUCACACCACCUCAUCCAUGCUUUACAGUGGGAACCACACAUGCAGAGAUCAUCUGUUCACCUACUCUGCGUCUCACAAAGACAGCGGUUGGAACCAAAAAUGGCAAAUUUGUACUCAUCAGACCAAUGGACAGAUCUAAUGCCCAUUGCUCGUGUUUCUUGGUCCAAGCAAGUCUCUUCUUCUUAUUGGUGUCCUUUAGUAGUGGUUUCUUUGCAGCAACUCAACCAUGAAGGCCUGAUGCACACAGUCUCCUCUGAACAGUUGAUGUUGAGAUGUGUCUGUUACUUGGACUCAAUUAUUUAUUUGGGUUGCAAUCUGUUAAUUCGAAUGAAUUUAUCCUCUGCAGCAAAGGUAACUCCGGGUCUUCCUUUCCUGUGGCGGUCCUCAUGAGAGCCAGUUUCAUCAUAGCGCUUGAGGGUUUUUGCAACUGCACUUGAAGAAACUUUCAAAGUUCUUGAAAUUUUCCAGAUCGAUUGGCCUUUGUGUCUUAAAGUAAUGGUGGACUGUCGUUUCUCUUUUCUUAUUUGAUCUUUCCAUAAUAUGAACUUGGUAUUUUACCAAAUAGGACUAUCUUCUGUAUACCACCCCUACCUUGUCACAACACAACUGAUUGGCUCAAACGCAUUAAGAAGGAAAGAAAGUCCAUAAAUGUACUUUUAACAAGGCACACCUGUUAAUUGAAAUGCAUUCCAGGUGACUACCUCAUGAAGCUGGUUGAGAGAAUGCCAAGACUGUGCAAAGCUGUCAUCGAGGCAAAGGGUGGCUACUUUGAAGAAUCUGAAAUAUAUAUAUAUAUAUAUAUUUGGAUUUGUUUAACACUUUUUUGGUUACUACAUGAUUCCAUAUGUGUUAUUUCAUAGCUUUGAUGUCUUCACUAUUAUUCAAUGUAGAAAAUACACACACACAUAUAUAUAACAAUACCCAUUUUAGCCAUUUAUAUAUUUAUUUUUAGGAACUCAGUCAGGGUCUCAAUUUACUAAUGAGAGAAAUAAUAGUAGAAUACACCAGGUGCAAUUUCAAAAUGUGGUUGUGCUUCAGCAGUUUUUAACUUUUUAUGUCAGUCACUGACAGUCACUCAAUUAGCCAUGUCAGCUAGCAAUUUUAGAUUGGUAGCUUGUCUAGCCAGCUAUCUAACUUAUAGUAAUCAUGGUCGAAUACUGACUGGGCACACAAGGCAUUUGCCCAGGGGCCCUGACUUCCAGGGGGCCCCCAUUUGAUUUUGUUAGUCAUUCUCACUCAGAUAUCAUAUUAACAUGGCAUUCAAACUGAAAAGAUUUCUAUCCACCCCAUGGCAAAAUGGGUAGAAUUGCAUGAAAUGUGCUGUUAAACUGCAACAUUUUCUCUCUGCCCCAUGGGAAAAUGUGUAGAAUUGCAGGAAAUUAACUUUAAAAUGAACAUUUGUCUCUUCACCGUUAAGUGGGGGAUAGGGCUGGGCGAUAUAUCGAAUUAAUUAGAUUAAUUCGAAUGUAUGUUUUUGCGCAAUAUUCCAAAUGCCUGUAUCACAAGAAUAUUUUUUGAUUUUA